AUGUCUUGGAUACUCUUUACUCUAAUCGGCCUCCUGGCCCUCCAUCAAGCUAAAUCAUCCGGACUAUUUGAAUUGCGACUGAUUUCAUUUGACAACGAGGCUGGCAAAGACGAUUUAGGGAAAUGUUGCACCGAAAAAACCAAACCCAACUCGGACUCGUGCGAUGGAGUUUGUAGACCACAAUUCAGGGUUUGCCUGAAGGAGUACCAGGGCAAGAUCGACGCCACUUCUCCCUGCACCUUCGGGGAUGUUAUCACAUCCGAACUGGGACCAAACCCCGUCACUGAUACUCCACAGAACGGAUUCUCAAACUCCAUCGCUUUCCCAUUCCCAUUCACUUGGCCGGGAACAGGACUUCCCACAUUAAUCGCUAUGGAAAUAAAACCUCCCACAUGA